AUCUCCGUGGCAGAUAUCGAGGAACGGGUGGGCCCUGGCCCUGCCGGUGGCCGUUGCCAGUAAACUCAUGCAUUUGGGUGGACACAGUCUGACUUUCGCAAGACUGGAAACUCAACGAGUCACGGUCGAAGAGUUAAAGUGAGGGAUGCCGUCUUGACAUUCUGAAAUUAAAACCCAGGACUUCGGCUGUGGACCAAUCACGAUUGAAUUCGGGCUAUGUCCAUCACAACUCAUCUCGCAUCGGGCCGUGUCGGCACUGCUCUUUUCUCAUCCACAUGGUUUGUAUGUGGAACAGGUCUUCCUUGGUCGCUUAUCUGCGUGCGGCUUUUCUGAUUCCGUGCCAGCGAACAGAACGUAGCACAUCAACCAUUUUAUCCGUGCCCGUUCAUGCUGGGCCGUCAUGAUCAAUCAUCCAUACGGUGCCUCGUCGAGUUACAUGUAUGCUAAUGUGGACGAUGGCCAUAGUCAAUCCUAUUAUGUGUCGCCUCCGCCAGAACGCCUCUAUAGCUUCGUGCCGAGGAUGUCAGUCGAUUCCAUGCCGUGGUACGGGGCAACCGAUUACUCAGGUACAACCUCAAAUAGAGACUACUACGAUGACCAACCGGAUUCCCUGCCAAUUCGAUGGACACUUCGGGAACGAACUUGGCGGUUGUUGAAAGGAGUGGGGGCGAAAGUGAGCAAUAGGUGGCGACCACUGCAUUUACGAUCUCUGUUUUUACGCCCUUGUCAUUAUGACGUCCGUGAUGACCCAGAUAUAUAUCUCUAGUUAUUAAACGAUGCUCUCGAACUUUUAGCCUCAACUCUUACUGUAAAACAUAUCCUCAUUUAUUGUUUUUACCUGCUUUACAUCAACGCUUGGGCCUCAGGCCUUCCUUCAUCAGCUCGUCGUCGGCGCAGCAUAAAGAGACGCUGGAGAACACCUGGUGAAACCGUUGUAAUGACGCCACAGAGCUUUGAUAGAGCAAACAAACCUUAUAGAUAAACACCGUCCGGAACACUGUUCUGACCAUCUACAAGAUGCUUCAUACAUAGAGGAUCCAGUUUAACUGGUAGCUCAUGUACCUCAUACACCCAAGGUUCAGUUGUUCAUACUAGUACCGCCUCUAGAAUCCUGUACUCACCCCAUGGCACGCAGCAUCAUGCU